ACUUCCGGGGAGUCGUUGCAAACUCAUUGUGCGAACGGGUGGACACAAUACAAGAAUAAAUGCUUUCUAUUCUAUCCCGAUAAGUCAUUCCUCAACUUCUAUGAGUCACAUCUAGUGUGCAAAGACUUCUUCAAUGCCACACUUGUGUCGAUUCACUCGAAAGAAGAGCAAACAUUUGUGACGAAAUUUGCAUUCUUCACAAAUAAGGCCCAAAACCACGUGUGGAUCGGCGCCCGACGGCUCGUGAACGACACGUUUGUCUGGGAAGACAACUCGCCAUUCAAUUACACAAAUUGGGCCAAAACUCAACCAAACAAUUUGGACGGAAAGCACUUCUGCACAUCACUACUACAGUCACCCAAUGUGGCAGAUAUGGGCUUCUGGUACGACGACCCCUGCGCUGAUAAAUACCACUUCAUCUGUCAGACAUACCUUUCCGAUAACACAUUCACACCAAUCGCCGCAACCAAUGUCUCUGAUGUUUCUUCGCUGCCCAAGAAUUCAACCAUUGAUGUCAUCCUAACCUCCGAUGAACUCAGAGCUCUCCUCAAACCUAAUGCCAAUAUAUCGACGAUCUCUGCGCUCAUCUCAUCGGCCAGAGAGGAACAACCCUUCAGUUUAGCCAAUACUGUGCUGACAGUGACAACAGUGGUCCAGUUCCUCGUGAUUGUGUCUCUCAUUUACAUAAUAUAUCGCAAACAUCCGCUCUCUUACAGAAGAAUCGUGAAGAUGUCUGAAUACAUAUACCACUGCACACAACACUCGUCACAUAUGGCCGAAGAGAAUCAAUUGGACAUACCACAAGAGCCCACAUUUCUGGCGUAUUAUCGAUCGCUGGGUUCGUGUCCAUCGAAGACGUACCGGUUGUUUGAUAGGGGAGACUAUUACACACUCCACGGCACGAACGCCGAAGUGAUCGCCAAAUCGUUUCUGUGCACCACUUCUGCCAUCAAAUACAUUGGAAGCGAUAACCAGAAGAUCGCUUCCAUCGCCAUAUCUCAGGCACGAUAUGAACCACUGCUGAGACAUAUUCUCAUUGAAAACAAAGAGCGGUUAGAGGUAUACAAGAAAUGCGUGAAAAAGAAGUCCUCAAACGACUGGCAGUUGGAUCUGAAGGCCAGUCCCGGAUGUCUGGGUCCUCUCGAAGACAUUAUCUACUCGACGAACGCGUCGAUUGAUAGUCGAGGCGUUUGUGCCAUUCAGUGGUCUAAUGAUCUCAAGAUUGGCGUCGCUUUCAUCGAUACCACCGUUAAUGAGAUCUCUUUUUGCGAGUUUGAAGACAACGACUAUUUGUCUCAUUUGGAGAGUCUUUUGGUGCAAAUCAGUCCUAAAGAGUGUCUCAUUUGCACUCACGAUAAGCAAGAGUCCACUUCCAAGAAGUUGUCCACAAUAUUGGAUAACAAUAGGAUUCUUGUCACUCCAGUUAAGAAGAAUUGUAUGAAUGCAUCGAAUCUGGAAUCAGAUUUGGAGAAAGUCUUAGUUAAAAGAGAUAAUAAGGAAAUCGCUAUCAAUUCAAUGUUAGAGAAGAAGUCGCUCUCAAGAGAAGCCAUUUCUGGAGUCUUUGAUUAUCUCAAUCUUUUGGGCGAUGACUCGAGUUAUGAAAGUUUUGAACUCAAAGAAAUCGAUGUCAAAGAGUUCGUCAAAUUGGACGCAACGGCUGUCCAUUCGUUGGACUUAUUUCCCAAUUCGCUCAACGAUUCCAUGUCUAUGAGAGCCAAUAGGACUCUGUUUCAAGUGCUCAACAAUUGUCGCACACUUUCCGGACAGAGAUUAUUGGCUCAACUCAUUCGCCAGCCGUUGACUGAUAUCAACAAAAUUGAGGAGAGACUCGACAUCAUUGAGUAUUUGAUGAAAAACUAUGACAUCCGACAAGACUUGAGUGAUGUAUACCUGAAGAAAGUGCCGGAUUUGUCGCGAAUUUAUAAGAAACUCCACUCAAAGAGAGCCACUCUUCAGGACUGUUAUCGUAUUUAUCUAAUGACUCAACUGUUGCCUCAUUUUGAGAGAUGUUUGGUACGCGACGAGAGCGACGAGUGUUUGGCAAUAAAACGCAACUUUUCAGACAAACUGCGAGUCAUUUGCGAAGAGCUGUCAAAGUUAGCCAAAGCGCUGGAAGGGGUGAUCGAUGAGGAGCGCAUCCAAUCUAACGGCGAGUUCUGGAUUAAAGCCGAUUACGACGACGACCUCAAAGACCUUCGCACUCGACUCGACAACUUGGAAGACGAGGCCAAUCGGAUCUAUAAGAGUGUCGACAAAGAGAUCUGUAGAGAGCAAAAGGAGGACAAAUCUGUGGUGAAGUUGGAGUCGAGUGGACAGGGAUUCGUGUUUAAGUUGACGCGAAAGAACGAGAAGUGUAUCCGAAAUAACGACAAGUAUUUCGAAGUGAAGAACUCCACCAAAAAGGAUGGCUUCAGGUUUGCCAACAAAGCGUUGAGGAAACUGAACGAAGACUACGUUUCGGUUCGCGAAGAAUAUGAGAAAUUGCAGAGCGAUUUGGCAAAGGAUAUCAUCGCCGACACCGCCAAAUAUUCGGAGACUAUUAAAGAUCUGGAGAUUCUGUUGACUUAUUUGGAUGUUAUGGUAGGUCUGGCCACCACUUGCCUGCUUCCGUCCAUUCCUUAUAUCCGUCCAAAACUCUUACCGAAAGGUUCGGGCAAAAUAUUGCUCAAACAAGUCCGUCAUCCGUGUCUCGAACUUCAAGACAACAUAUCCUACAUUCCAAACGAUGUCUCAUUUGAUUCAGAAACUGGAAAAUUCUUUUUCAUCACAGGACCAAAUAUGGGCGGAAAGUCUACUUAUAUCCGAUCAAUCGCUUUAUGUGUACUAAUGGCUCAAAUGGGAUGCUAUGUGCCCGCAGACAGCGCUACCAUUUCGUUAGUUGACUCGAUAUUUACGAGGGUAGGCGCCGGAGAUAAACAGAUUAAAGGCAUUUCCACUUUUAUGGCCGAAAUGUUAGAAACCGCCGCUAUAUUCAGGUCUGCCACAAAGGACUCAUUGGUCGUGAUCGACGAGUUAGGCAGAGGGACGUCCACUUAUGAUGGCUAUGGGCUCGCGUCUGCUAUAUCUGAACAUUUGGUGACCGAAAUAAAUUCGUACACAUUAUUCGCCACUCAUUUCCAUGAGUUGACACAUUUGGCCAAAGAGUUGCCGAGUAUUGCGAACCUUCACUUGUCUGCCCUCACCAUUGAUGACAAACUCACGCUUCUGUAUAAAGUGAAUGAAGGCGUGUGCGACCAAUCGUUUGGCAUAAAUGUCGCACAAUUGGCUCACUUUCCCGACCAUAUCAUUGAAAUAACGGGAAUUCAAUGA